AUGCCUAACAACUGCAAGGCGACCUGUGGGUUCUGUGAGUGUCAGGACAAGCCCAGUGUAGUAGGGUGUACUAACUUCCUGGCUCAUGGACAUUGCCUCCACAACCCUGUUGCUAACUACGAAUGUCCUGCAACUUGUAAAUUAUGUGAUGCCCAACAAGAAGCUCCUCAGGUUGUGACGAACACUGCUGGCAUUAUCCAAGGCAGGACAGUAACGUUGGAAGAUGGAACAACGCAAAUACACGAGUUCCACAAGAUACGCUACGGGAAAGCUCCAACAGGGAACCUAAGAUUUAGACCGCCACAGCGGCACACAGUCCCUAAGUCCACCAAGGUGAUGGCAACUGAUGACACCUACAUGUCCUGUGUGGAUGGUCAUGGUAACGGAACUGAGGAUUGUCUCUUCUUGCACGUACGAUCUCCCGACCUACAAGGCUCCCGACCCGUUAUUGUUUGGAUUCACGGUGGAGCUCUUAUGUCAGGCUCUGGGAAUAUGCCAGGGUACUCUUUUGACUCGGAGACCACCCACCAAGUAGACGCUGUAACAGUCAACAUUAAUUACCGACUUGGGUUCCUGGGGUUCAGCUCUGUAAGUGAGUUGUGGGAUGAGCGUGCAGGAGUGUACGCUAACAAUGGUAUCAGAGAUAUGGUCGCAGCUCUGGAUUGGGUACAAGAGAACAUAGCUGCCUUUGGAGGAGAUCCGAACUCCGUCACCAUUGCUGGGACGAGCGCGGGAGGCACCUCCGUUCUGGCCCUUACUUGCUCUCCUAUGGCCAACAACAAGUUCCAUGCAGCUGUCUCCAUGAGUCCGGCACCUGAGAUGAGAGCCUCGCACGUUGUAGGGGACCUCUUUCAGCGAGACUAUGUUUCCAACUACCUGGGGUGUAAUCAGCCCAGCCCUGCGGCACGGAAACACUGCUUGAUGCACCUAGAUGCUAAUAGGUUUAACACUCCCAAACAAGGUGCUCAAGGGUCUGCUUAUUUCAGUUUCCCAAUGAUUCAUGGUGUUAAAGGUGAAGCUUUUGGGUACAUCAUGAUUGAUCCUGUAGUAGUUACAGUAUCGCCAAGAAACCUGAAAGAUGCUACAUUCGCUCCGAAGUCACCUAUUAAAAUUAUAGUGUCCAAUACCGCCGAAGAAAAUUGGCUAACUGUCAAGGAUUUCCCGACUCACCACGACGCUCAUAUACAUAUGACAGCCAACUUACUAAAGCUUACACACAGAAAUGAUAUACCCAACAUGGUGUACAAGCAGUUCUAUCCUGGGAAAAUGGCUAAAGAUGCCUACAGUCUUCUUAUCACUGAUAUGCGGGCUACAUGUCCCACUAACGAAGUAGUCGGAGCCAUGUCCCUCAGCCGGAACCAUGAAGUAUACAGACUGUACAUUACACAUCACUCUGAAGGUUUGAGAGCAAGUCACGGGUAUGAUGCAUGGUUCCUAUUUGGACUUUACAAAACUAUAAUAAAACCACUGACUCCGACCGAGCAUCAGUUUGCAGCGCACCUGCAUAGUAUGUUGAAGAACUUGGCAUGGAGCAGGUAUGUGGAACAUGGAUGGAAUCCCUUCCCUGCUACAUCCAUGGAAUUCGAGAGAAGCCCACAGAUCUCUAAGAUAACGGAGACUGAGCCACAACAACUGGUUUGCCACUACUUAGCCCACCUCAGUUUAACAAAGUACGGGUGGCAGAAUUAG